GAGUCUGUGGGCAAUGUGCUGCAUGCAGCGAUGCGACGGCAAAGUGCUGACUUCGCAACUGGCAGGUCAAAUGCACCACCAGAACGCUUCUCCGGGAUGUCAUUGAAAAGCUUUGGCAUGUCUGCCACUGUGUCGGGCACGGCGGCGCCACGAAAGGCCAAGGAACGAAAGGAUGGCAGGUCGAUGGAGCUCAUGGACCUGGCGUUCUCCAAUAAGAUGCAACUGGGUCCAGAUGGACAGUACGUGCAGCAGUACACCCCGAUCUCCCUGCCAUAUUUCGACAUCCAAGAGGAAGGUGAGGCUUCAACCGAUGCGCCAACUCAAGCACAGACCAGGCCGAAGUUGAUGCACAUCGACGAGGCCAAUUCCCGGGCAGCGGCCAAGCUGCUGGGAGCCCAGCAGGAGCUGUUGGAAGACACCUACUUCUUGAUGCAGAUGCCCUGUGUUUUGCCAGAGAUGCGCAAUCCAGAAGAUGAGGUCUUCCGAGAACAGGAGGAUGCCCUGUCUGCGGGCGCAGGCUCCACGAUCACCCGACUCCCAGAUGGGAAGCUUGGAAAGCUCCGCAUCUACAAGUCUGGAAAGGUCCGGAUGGAGAUUGCGGGCGUCUCCUUUUGCGUCGAUCAGGGAUGUGACACCUUCUUCCAGCAGGAUUUAGCUCUUGUGUGCCCCCUGGCGGGUGAAAUCUUCAACCUGGGCAACAUCAACACCAGGAUGGUGCUGACGCCAGAUCUGGAUUCCAUCCUGAAGGAUGUGCCGCAGCAAAUGCCGGAGGACCUGCCCGAAGAGCCCCGGGUCACGAGGGUGGACCGCAAGGACCGGCCAGCGCGAAAGCGGUGCUAUGACUCUGAGGUAUUCCGAGGGGAAGGUUUUCCAAGGAAGGAUUUCUAUAUCUAUUUUUCAAGGGUUUCUUUGGUUCCCUAUCGCGUUGUUGCUGUAGUAUCGCUUUAUCAUAAAAAUUGGCUCAAGCUGCACAGAAGGCCUUAG